UCUAACAAGCAACAUAAGCACUCAACUAAAAUGGCAGAGACAUCAUCAAUCCAACCAUACAUUGCAGAACAGACAAGGGCAAGUGCUGAAAAUAUAGUCACAGCACAAACUCAACCUGAUGCGCCUUCAGCAAACUCCCAACCAUUACCAGCUACAAACAACACACCAUCAGAAUUAUACGCAUGCAAAUGGGUUGGUUGUGAUGUUAAACCCUAUCCUAGUCUAACCACACUCGUAAAUCAUCUUAAUACCAAACAUUUGACUCAAAUGGCACAUUUAUCCCCUAAUACUCCUAUCAGAUAUACAUGCCAAUGGGAAAACUGUCCUAGAUUUGGUAUAGAGCAACCAUCACGUUUUGCUUUAAUCUCCCAUUGUCGAACCCACACCGGCGAAAAGCCAUACUUUUGUCCUAUUCCAGAAUGUGAAAAACAUUUCACUCGUUCGGAUGCGUUGACCAAACAUGUUAAAGGUGUUCAUGAUUUACAUAGUAUUAAAGAUCAAUUAAAUAAUGUGAAAGAGAAAGUUAAAAAGGGAUACUUGGAUAUUGGAUUAAAUGUGGAAGAUAUGAAUGAAGAUGACUAUCUUCGAGUUAUUGAAAAUGAUUAUGAUUUGAAAAGUCCCUGGUGGUUCACCAAUACAUUUGUGAGUGCUUUGAAACAAUCGGAUUCAAAUAACCCUCAAUCGGUAAAAUUAUCAACACUUGAUCAAAUACCCGUGGACUUUAAACAAUAUAAAGUUGCUACUUCUAGAUAUAAGCAUUAUAUUAUCACAGAGGAACAAGAGGAUGACGAAGAACUCAUCAGUAGCCAUGACGACAACAAUGCCAUUGUGAACAUUAUCAAGAAACAACAGCAAUUUGAUAAUCCAAAUAAGCCAAUUCCGGAAAUAUCAAGUAAUCCAAUCCAUGAAUAUUUGUCAACCAGUUCCAAGAUGAUGUCACUGUCAUACAGCUUGCAAGAUCAAGAUAUAGACGAAGUUGAAGAUAUAAGCACAUUAAAACAGUUGCAUGAGAAAUUAUUGAAUCAGUUUAAUACUGCAAGCAAGAUUAAUAAAUUGGUUUCAAACCAAUUAGCUAAUAGCAUUAAACAGAAAAGGCGAUUAUGGUUGAAGAAUCAAAUAUUGCUUGAUGCGAAUUUAGAAGUAGGUUUACCACCAGAAAGAACAACAAUCCCACAAAGAGUAACCCAAGAUGAAGUUGAUGAUGAAUUAUUACGUUCUUAGGUGUUAAAGUAUCGAAGAGACAUUACUACCGAGAACUCUUGAUAUUAGCCAUGACAAGACAAUGCUGAGUCAAUAAGAAUAUCUAUAUAUUAAAGAGAAAUCUUGACUGAUUAGGUUUUUAGUGGAGUUACGCCUAAGCAAAGUAUUCGGUGCGGAGAAUAUUUCUCUGGCAAGUCGUAACAUGAGAUAGAUAACAGUAUGAACUACAUAAAAACUCGUAAACGUGUAAUAAAUAGAAAAUAGAAUAAUUUCAAAGUUGCUGUACAUUGUCACCCAAAUAUAAUGGGUGUUGAGGCGCGGCAGAAUAUUAUUUACUUCUCAGAAAAUACUGAGACCCGUUG